AUGGGGAGCGGCCAGCUCCAUUAUUCUGUGCCGGAGGAAUCCCAGCAUGGCACCUUUGUGGGCCGCAUUGCCCAGGACCUGGGGCUGCAGGUGGAAGAGCUCAUGCCUCGGAUGUUUCGGAUGGAAUCCCAAGGGGAAGGGGACUAUUUCAAGGUAAAUGAGCAGAACGGGAUUUUGUUUGUUAAUUCUCGGAUAGACAGGGAAGAGCUUUGUGCCAAGAGCACAAUCUGCACCAUUCAUCUGGAGGUGAUAGUUGAUAAACCCCUGGGGGUCUUUCAUGUGGAAGUAGAGAUUACAGACAUAAAUGACAAUGCUCCUGCUUUUUCUGUCAGAGAGCAGAAUUUAGCUAUUUUAGAAUCAAGAGUCAAAGGUUCCCAUUUUCCAAUAGAAGAAGCUUCUGAUGCAGACAUUGGUACCAAUGGUCAGGUCACCUACAAGCUUAGUCCCAAUGAAUAUUUCUCUGUGGAAGAGAUAAGGAAUUAUGAGCAUAGUAAAUCUUUAGUUCUUACAUUGAAUAACCCACUGGACCGUGAGGUAUCCCCUGAGCAUCAUUUGUUACUUUCAGCUAUAGAUAAUGGAGAGCCAGCACUUACUGGCACAAUCUUACUAGUGAUCUCUGUGAUUGAUGUCAAUGACAACGCACCUUCAUUUAACCAGUCAGUUUACAAAGUUGAAUUAUUGGAAAACUCUGCAAUUGGAACACUAGUUAUUAAAUUGGAGGCAAGUGAUAUUGAUGAUGGAAUUAACAAGGAAAUAUCCUAUUCAAUUAGCAACCUUGUUGCCCAUAACAUAAAGGAAAAAUUCAACAUAGAUUCUAAUAAUGGUGAAGUUAGGCUCAAAGAAAAAGUGGAUUUUGAAGAGAGUGCGGCAUAUGAUAUUCAAAUUGAAGCAACAGAUAAAGGUGGUUAUCCUUUGGACAUUGCAAAGUUGUUAUCAAGAUUUUGGAUAUGA